GAAUAAGUCUUUUAAAGUGGUUAUAAGUAAAUCAUCUGCCGAGGCACACACUACUAAUUAAAGAGAUACAACACAUUACAUACAGUAUACCAAUUGAUCUCAACCUCUACCCCUAAGUAUGAGUACAACAGCAGAAUUUGAGGACGUUGAUGCAUUUAAAGAGGCAAUCGGAGCUGUACGUGAUGACUCUAACAGUACUAACUACACUGUUGUUGGACAUGUAAAUGGGAGCCCUAAUCUACUAGGUGUUGUUGCUACAGGGGAAAACAUUGGGGACGUCCUUGAUCUGUUCAGUCCCACUGAGAUGAUGUAUGCUCUAGUAAGACUAUCAACUAAAGUAGAUAUGAGUACAACAGUCAAGUUUGUCUAUAUUCACUGGAUGGGAGAUCAGAUUCCAUUUGCAAAGAGAGGUCGAAUGGGAGUGGUACAUGGGUCAAUUAAGGAACUCUUUCAGCCUAGUCAUGUAGAAAUAGAAACAUCAAUUCUAGCUGAUCUCGAAGAAGAAAACAUUAUGGCAUUGUUGGCCAAUGUUGAGGGAACGAAAGACAAAAGCAUAGAAGCUGCAAGAGUUGACCCUAAACAUGAACGUAGCUUUAUUGGAAGGGGGACAUCUAGGGCUGUAGAAGAGUCUCCAAAAAAGAUCGCACCAAAAGGUGUUGCCAUAGAAACAGGAGAAGGGGUUGUCGAGGCGAUAGCUGAUGUACGUAAUGAUGAAUCUCCUUGUAAUUGGUGCUUAGUAGGCUAUGAGGGAGGUAACCCUAAAGCACCACUAAAACUUUUUGGUUCUGGAGAUGAAGGGGUCGGGGGACUCAUUGACCUGUUAGAUGACAGUGAGGUCCUUUAUGGGAUGUGCCGUGUCACAGAUGUUGUUGAUGACAUCACAACAGUAAAGUUUGUCUAUAUAAACUGGAUCGGAGAAACUGUGAAACCCAUGACAAAAGCAAAGACAUCCACAUAUAAGGCCAGUAUAGAAGAACUCUUCUCACCCCACCAUGCGUCCAUAUUUGGCUGUGAUAGGUCAGAGGUCACGGAGAAAAGAAUAAUGGAUGUGGUGACAGCAUCCAGUGGCUCAAAGUCAUUUGUAAUGUAAUAGGUUGCUAUAGAAAGGAUAUUAUCCAAGGUGCAGUAUUAAGUGCAUUUCAACAAGACACUAGGCCAUUAUGCAGGGAUCUCCCAAGAUUAUUUUUCAACAGGGCACUAAAUUCUCAAUUUACCUCUUUUAGUCAUAAAAUCUCAAUAUUUCAUCCUAAGUGCAAAUAGAUUUUCAACAGGGUGGUAAAUAAUUUUUGAAUUCUCAAAAAAGCAGGACCCAUAGGCCAGCUGCUGUAGUGCAGAUGAGAGAUCACUUUGUAAUGUGUUGUACAUUGUGUUUGCAACAUAUGCAGAUGGUCCCUCUUGUUUCAUAUUAUGGUCUUCAACAGGCUUCAAUACGCUGACUUAGAUGACCAAAAUGUUGAUAAUAGCACACCAAAUUCUUAACAGAUUAGUUUUGUUUAACUUUAUAUAUGAGGCAAAAUAGAGCAGGAGCAAACUAGAUUGAGGUGCUUAGAUAACAUAUUAGAUAACAUAUGCUGAUUAUCUGAAAUCAUGUAAUUUAAUUGGUAAACUAGCUUUGAUAAUAUAUAGGUUUAUUUAUUCACUACAUAACUUGUCCAUCAUACUCCUGUUAUGAAUAUUUAACAUUGUUGUAUUGGAAUGAGUAGAGCUUUACGUAUACAUGUAGUGAUGCACUAUUAUAUUGCAGUGUAUUAGUAGUAUAUCCAAGGUAUUGCACUUUAUACUAUAUUCAUUCAUUUUUAUGUUGAUAUUUCUUCAUAUGUAAUAUGUAAUAUGUGCAAUUCAAGAAUUCCGAUUUGUUAUAAAAGUGGAUAUUUUUUAGAUAUGAUAUUGUGGUGAAUUCACUUGAUAUUAUGGUAUCGUUAAAGUAUUACAGAACUGAAGUAACUGUAUAACAAACUUCGUCUUUAUUAAGAAUUAAAACUAAUCUAAUAAAUAACUAUAGUAUUUAUUAGUUAGCUACAAAAAUGUUUUAGUUAUUUCGUUAAGAUUCAACAGACUUGAGUUCUUAAGUAGGUUGAGUAUCUAUACUGCAUAUAUGCUUAUUGCAAAUCAUUAUGUUAUUUAUUAAUUAAUAAAAACAUGUUUUAGUUAUUUCAUUACUUUGGGUUAAACAAACUUUGAGUUCUUGAGUACAAGUUGCGUACUUAGUGCAUGUAUGCUAAUUGCAAAACAUUAUGUUAUAUUAUUUAUUAAUACAUACAAACAUGU